AUGUCUAGCGAAGGGUGUGCCGAAGAGGUGGAUGAGGAGGAGAUUCUGCUAAACUCAGUAAUUAAGGAGACCUGGACCUGUCAUUUUACCCCAAAAGGAUCUCCUAUAGGCUGCAAAGAGGAUACGAAAGUUGUAGGCCACGACUGCAAGUACUGUAGACUUCGAUUCUGCAUUAAACACAGAGCACCUGAAACACACGGGUGUAACCCGAAGCCAGUGAAACUAACUAAACACGGAAGACCCAAGGGGAAGAAGUAA